AUGGUAGAGCGUCAUAUCUUCUGGAGGUUGCGGAAUUUGUUGAUGAAAGCCGAACUGAAGCGCGACUCUAUCUGCAUGAUGUUUUUCGACGAUAUGAUAGCAGUGCAGAUAGAUUCAGGCUUUGGCCACGUGGGAGGUCGCAUCCCCACAUUGCGAAGCCUUCAGGAGGUCGCAGGGCCAGGAUACGACUUCUUUGAGAGGUCGCAGACCCACGAUGCGACUUCUUUGGUAGGUCGCAGGGCCAGGGAUGGGAACGACAAUAUCAUUCCAAUUGCUUAUGCUCUUGUGGAAGAUAGACACGAAUCUAUCAAAAGUGCUUACAAUAAUCUGAAUAAUGGGUGGCAACAUCCUCCGUCAAAGCAUGCGUUUUGCGUCCGACAUAUAUCACAAAACUUUGCAAGGGAAUUUAAGGAUAAUGCUUUGAAGAACAAGGUUAUUUUUAUGGGUUACUCAAUCAAUAAGUCUACAUAUCGAUACUACCGCAGAGAAAUUGGCAUCGUAAACCCAGAAGCUUUGAAAUGGUUAGACAAUAUACCGCGACAAGAUUGGAUUCAAGCAUUUGAUGGAGGUAGCCGUUGGGGUCAGAUGACCACCAACCUUGUGGAGUCGAUGAACGCAGUAUUAAAAGAACCACGCAACCUUCCCAUCACUACUUUGAUCCAAUCAACAUAUUAUAAAACAGGUACACUAUUUCCAACCAUGGCAAAACAACACGCAUCAAUUUUAGCUUCUGGUCAUAUUUACACAGAAAAAUGCAUGACUUUUAUGAAAUUGGAAAUACGUAAAUCAAAUAGUCAUAGAGUCGAUAGUUUUGAUCGAAGCAACCAUACUUUCAUGGUCCACGAAACAGUAGUUCCAAAAGAAGGGCGACCAAUUGAAUGUUCUAGCAUCAAAUAUGAUUAUUGGAGUCUUAUAUCCGAUGUGUACAAGGUGGAAACAGUACUUAAAGUCUACAGUGAAGCAUUCCAACCGAUACCAAACGAAGGAUAUUGGCCACAAUAUGAAGGUGUUAAGGUGUGUCACAAUCCACUAAUGCGAAGAGUCAAGAAAGGUCGCCCAAAGACUAAGCGCAUUAGAACAGAAAUGGACACUACGGAUAGAGUCCCAAGAAAGUGCGGAUUAUGUCGGAUAUCUGAUCAUACUAAGAAACAUUGUCCAAACGUUGCUCGCACAUCUACUCAAAAUUGA